AUGGGAACUUCUGUUGUUUAUGGCACCAAGAUUUUUAAUUUUGGCGGCAGAAAGCAACUAAACCCGGAUAUUGUCCAAUACGAUGUAAUGGAAAAUCUGUAUUCACUCCUUAGCUUUGAAAAUUCACCGAAUGGGCGACGCGGUUUAAAUUCAGCCAUUGAUCAGAAAGGAAGAUGGCAUAUUUAUAGCGGGUCUAACGGAACCUCAGACGAAUAUAACUUGACUCCAAUCACCGAUCAAAAU